AUGUCCUGCAAGCAUCUCGUUCUUCUAGCAGCGUGCACUGUCCUGUUGCUGAUCGCGUCCGCCCAUAGUGAAUCAGUCGCGGAUCACGACGAAGAAUCGGUGGGUAAAUCAUAUUUCGGAUACCAGCCAAAGCCGCAGGACUCGUACAAGAAGCUGGUGGAAGACGUGGAUGAGUUUACGCGCCUUUACCUCGAAGAGUUCACUGCGCUGGGAGAGAAAAUCGAAACACUGCACAAGAAAUUGUACCACCGGAAGGAUAAAGAUCACGGCGGAUAUAACUACAACGAUUUGGCACACAUGCACAAACUGCUAAGCCAACAGAAGGCCGCCCUGGAUACGCUUCGUAGUGAACGACCCAGUGUUUAG